CGCAAGCUUACUCGCCCUACACCUCGAGUGCCCUUUAGGGAUGCAAUUCUACGCAAUAUACCUACCGAGGAUACUCUGCAACGUACGAAAUCGUAGACCUUUGGAAUUACUCAGUACCAAUAUGAAUGACGUCACGUCAAUCUGGGUUUCAAGAUACUCCAUGUGCAUUUCUAUCAUGUUCAUAUUCCAUUUCACAAUCUGCUAUCUAAGCUAGAGCGGUUAACAGAUGGCUUUCGCAAAAAGUGGGUUCGCCCUUGUCACUCCUGCCUCAAAGGGACUUGGUUUCGCCUUUGCACAACAGCUGCUGUCCCACACAGACCUACCUGUUCUUGUGACUGCGCGGAGAGAUGGCGGGGAACUCCGUAACAGGCUACUGAAAGAGACCAGCAAUGAGUCUGACAAGGCUGAAGAGAGAUUAAGGGUCUUCGAAGUUGAUGUGACCGAUGAGACAACCAUACACUCCAUGGCCACACACAUGCGAGAGGAAUAUCCCAAGGCUUCCCUACGCAUUGCAAUCACAGUACCUGGUGUUUUACAUGUUGAAAAGUCUCCGAGUCAGAUUGAUGCGGCCGACGCUUUGCACAGUUUUAAAGUGAAUGCCCUCGGUCCCCUGCUUCUGAUGAAGCAUUUGGCUCCUUUUCUGCCAACCAAGUCAUCAAAUGGAUUUGCGGAUGACUCCCCGCCUACGUCUGGAGAACGCCCAUGGAAGCUCCCACCCCAUGCUAUCUACGCCAUGAUGGCUGCGCGAGUGGGCUCCAUUUCCGAUAACUCGGCUGGAGGCUGGUAUUCGUACCGUGCCAGCAAGGCAUCCGUCUUUCAAUUGGCCAAAACCUUCGAUCUGUAUCUGCGGUCUCGAAGCAGAGACCGAGCAUUCGCAGUAGCAAUGCACCCAGGAACAGUCCAAACGGAUUUCACAAGAGAUUACUGGGAUGGGAGACAUAUGCUGCAGCCAGACGAAUCCGCAGCGAGGCUAUUACGGCACCUAUGCGGGAUGCGAACCGGGGAUUCUGAUGGACGAGGUCGGUGCUGGGAUUGGAAAGGAGAGGAGGUUCUGCCAUGAU